AUGAAGCCCUCCUUGGCGUUUGCCUUUGCUUUCCUCGCCUCUGUUCGUUCAAAUUCAGAUGAAGGUGAGGCUUCUUUACGUAUAUUUAGCUUUGAUAACUUCCCUAGUUCCUGAAUCAUGUUGCUGCCUUUUUUGUAGGGUAGCUUAUAUUAAGCUUAACAAUCUUUGUACGUCCGUUGAAUUGCAGUCGGUGUGUUCAGAAGGGCGUAGAAGUUCUGAAACUAAAAGAUUGGCAAUGCACAUUGACCUCAUUCUUCACAGUAAAUGCGCAUGCGUUUAACUUUAUCCCUCAAAUCACCCAGUUUAACAGAAGGUUCAACUUUUCAAAUACGACUCACGCGAGCGGCGAGCGGCGAGGGCGCAAGCCACUAAGGGGCGUUUGAUGCUCUGAAACGCGAUUUCUAGUGGAGUUCUGAGAGGACAAUUUCUGUUGAAAAAAAUGCUCACUAAAUCGAUUUUCAUUAUUCGCAUUUUCAAAAGUGAUAAUUAUAAAUGACUACAAAGCCGUACUAGAUUUGUUUUUUAAAUUUCGUGCGGUUUCUUAAAGUUUUAAGUAUACUCUGUUAGGUUUUCUUGUAUACUACAUGGAUUUGCUUGCCGCCCGGUUAGCUCAGUGGGAUAAGCGCCGGUCUGCUUAGCGGGAGGCCGUUGGUUCAAACAAUAUCAAUAUCUUCAGUCUAUUUCAGUGUUUCAUCUUUAUAUCACGGACCCACAAUACUUUAAUUUAAGACAAUCGUAAAUAACUAAACGUUUUAUGCUCCGCUCCUCUUUUUUCCAAGUUCUACUGCCAAUAGACAGUGUCCAAGAUGGAAAACUACGACAAAGGCUAGAGAAAUUUAUCAUGGACGAGAGCCCUAGAAAAAAUGAUACUGCGGUUGGAGACGAACAAGGUUUCGAAAAAUCGCCAGGUACAGAAGAAGAAAAGGGGAUCAAAGUGGCCGGACUGCAGCAGGGGAAGAAAAAUACCGCUGGAUCCAGUUCCUUGAAAGCCGGUUAGAUUUAACCCAGGGUUAAAAUUUUAACUAGUAUGCGAUUUCGUUUCUGAAGUCUCUCAGAGACUGCUGGAGUAAUUUUAAGUCCGGUAAACAUUACUUCGGCAUUACUGGGUUUCACUUUAAAAUCUUUAACAAUUAUUCCUCGAGCCCGAAUGGGCUCUGAGUCAAUAGCCCGUGAGGCCGAAGGCCGAAUGUGCUAUUGACUCAGAGGCCAUGAGGGCGAGAGGAAUAAUUGUUUUAGUAAAAUCCAACUAGUUGGUCAAAAAUAUCGAGAAUAAAAAAUUUUAGCUAGUUAAAAGCUAGACUUUAAUCUUUUUGAAGCCAAAAAGCCCGCGCUUUUCGCUACUAGGGGGCUAUAACAUAUAGCCUAGUAGUAGCUCAACCAGUCAGAAUGCAGCAUUGAUAAUAGAACACUAGCUGGAUUUUACGAAUUAGUAUUAUCCCGGCCUACAAAAGCUUGUGCAACUGAGCAAACCGACGUUUGCUCACUUUCAGGUUGACCAUCUUUCUAGAAACCCGGUGCUCCGGUGUAAAGAACUUAAUUAAGGGAGCGUAUGAUAAGGAAAUAUGCGAUCUGUUUCAGUUCGAGCAGAACAAUCAAAAACUGUUAGUAGUUAUAGAAUGAUGGAUAAUUUCUUUCGUUUUCUUACACAACAUGGUGGCAACGGUGAAGGUAGCCGGGGGAGAAAUUUUUUAUAAUUUGGCAUUGACUGGACUUGAUCAUUUUUUAGCUGGUCUUUGAAUCGCUUGUCUCGUGACAUGGAUUGAGGCACAUUACCAUACAGUCAGCUCUCUCUAAAGGUGAUGUCACAAGAGACGAUGCAACGACCAUUUUCAGGCAACACAGCGUUGUCCGGCAAUGUUGCAACAAUGUUGCAACCAUUCGAAACAAUGUCGCAACAAUGCUGUAAUGCUGUGUUGCGCUGAAAAUUGUUGUUGCGAAUCGUUCCGUGUAACACCACCUCAAGACGGAUUCACACCUUUGGGACCGGUAUACUAAUGUGUCGGUCUUAGAGAGAUGCCCUUCUUAUAGAGUCAACUGAAAGGAGUUAAGAAAGGAAGGCACCAACUCAAGGUGCCCUUCUUAUGGAGGUCUCCGUUAAGAGAGAGGUGAUUGUAACAGGCAAUCCGGCAUUUUCUUAUGUACGCUUUUGAUUUAUUGACAGCCGAUAAUCCUGAACUGUCUAACUAUGACAUGAACUAUGAAAGAUUCAUCGAGGACGAGCUGUUCUAA